UUUCUGUUGCUUUAAGGGAUGACAGCCCUGUGAAGACGUGGGUGUGCAGCUGCAGCGUACCGAGCAGGCGCUGUGCGCUCGAAGGUGGUUCAAGGCGAGGGACGGUCGGGAUGAGUUGUAUAGGAUAGAGAUAACAGAGCGCAUUACCGGGCAACCGGGAGGGGGACUGGUGUUCGUGAGCGGCGGAGGAAAUAUACAGUCGCUUCUGGUGUUUUGCUGAUCAGAGAACAACGACUGUCGUGGCAGAGCAGGAUGUCCACACGCUAAGAAGGAAUAUAAGUUGAACGGGCAGGCUUUGGCAGCAGUAUCCUAUACCGGCUCACGAAGCAGGGCGUUGGGUGGCUUUCUGCUCCAGGAUUUGAGAUACACAGGGUUUUUGUGAAUAUGGGACAAAGGCCAUGUAUUUUACAAGCAAGAUUGAUAUGAGCUACCUACCCCAGACACCGUGGGUUGACAAGGGAGGCUGUGUGUGUGUUUAUUCCUGUUGCAACCGAGAGAGGAACAUCGCGCAUCGGGGCGUCUUUGUAGAGGCUGAAUAGAGGAAGGCAGGUUCUUUGUGAGAAGACCGUGAGAGACUGAAAGAAAAAGAAAACUCGGGCUUACCAACAGUGGCUUUUUGCAGGUGGUGGUGUUAUUCCCACCGGAUAUCGCAGAAUUAACCUUAUUUUUUGCAUAUCAUCAAUCCAAGAACCGUUGGAGCUUUUUCAGUCGAGCUAGAUUGUCUUCCCGUUCCACUCGCUGUCUGCCCAUUCUGUGUCGCGAUCUGUAUCUAGACACCGACACUGUGGGAGAGAGACGGGAGUGAUUCCAUUCGCCCUGGUCUGCUGGGAGAGAGACGGGAGUGAUUCCAUUCGCCCUGGUCUGGUGGGAGAGAGACGGGAGUGAUUCCAUUCGCCCUGGUCUGCUGGGAGAGAGACGGGAGUGAUUCCAUUCGCCCUGGUCUGCUGGGAGAGAGACGGGAGUGAUUCCAUUCGCCCUGGUCUGCUGGGAGAGAGACGGGAGUGAUUCCAUUCGCCCUGGUCUGCUGGGAGAGAGACGGGAGUGAUUCCAUUCGCCCUGGUCUGCUGGGAGAGAGACGGGAGUGAUUCCAUUCGCCCUGGUCUGCUGGGAGAGAGACGGGAGUGAUUCCAUUCGCCCUGGUCUGCUGGGAGAGAGACGGGAGUGAUUCCAUUCGCCCUGGUCUGCUGGGAGAGAGACGGGAGUGAUUCCAUUCGCCCUGGUCUGCUGGGAGAGAGACGGGAGUGAUUCCAUUCGCCCUGGUCUGCUGGGAGAGAGACGGGAGUGAUUCCAUUCGCCCUGGUCUGGGGAUGAUGACAUGAGGAAGUCGGCUACUUAACACACACACACCCCUUGGCAUCUGCGACAAGUAUAGUUAUGGCUUGCUGAGCUCCACCGUGGAGUGCAGGAGCAGAAGGAGCUGUAAGGAUGCUCUGAAGAGCAGUGUGCUGGAACCCGGCUCCUGUGAUAGCGAGGGAGGGCAGCGGUGGCGAUGUUGCCCGGAGUGGGUGUGUUCGGGACUGGCAGCACGGCCCGGGUCCUGGUACCCCUGCUGCGAGCCGAGGGCUUCUCCGUGGAGGCGGUGUGGGGCCGCACGGAGGAGGAGGCCAGGCAGCUGGCGGGGGAACUCGGUAUCUCCUUCUACACCAGCCAGACGGACUGUGUGCUGCUGCACCAGGACGUGGAGUUGGUCUGCAUCAACAUCCCACCCCCCCUCACCAGGCAGAUCGCUGUCAAAGCUCUGGGGAUCGGUAAGAAUGUGAUCUGCGAGAAGGCAGCUACGUCGGUUGACGCCUUUAAGAUGGUGACGGCCGCCCGCUACUACCCCAAGCUGAUGAGCCUGAUGGGAAACGUGCUGCGAUUCCUGCCUGCCUUCGUGCGCAUGAAGCAGCUGAUUGACGAGGGCUAUGUGGGGGAGGUGAUGGUCUGCGAUGUGCGGGUGUACUGGGGCAGCCUGCUGAGCAACACUUACAACUGGAUCUGCGAUGAGUUGAUGGGCGGCGGGGGCCUGCACACCAUGGGCAGCUACAUCGUGGACCUGCUGAGCCACCUGACCGGCCAGCGGGCCGAGAAGGUCCACGGCCUCUUGAAGACCUUUGUGAAGCAGAACGGGGCCAUCCGUGGGAUCCGCCACGUCACCAGCGAUGACUUCUGCUUCUUCCAGAUGCUGAUGAGCGGUGGGAUCUGCAGCACCGUCACCUUGAACUUCAACAUGCCCGGCGCUUUCGUGCACGAGGUCAUGGUGGUGGGGUCGGCUGGCAGACUGGUGGCUCGGGGGACGGACUUAUACGGCCAGAAGAACACCGCCUUUCAGGAGGAGCUGCUCCUGGCAGAUACCUCGCGCCUCGGCAUGGAUGUGGAGAAAGGGCUCAGGGAGGUCCCCUUUCCCUACCUGAAGGGCAUGGUGUACAUGGUGCAGGCUCUCAGGCAGUCCUUCGAGGAGCAGGAGGACCGGAGGACCUGGGAACACAAGCCAGUCUCCAUGGCAGCUUCCUUCGAGGACGGCCUCUACAUGCAGAGCGUGGUGGAUGCCAUCAAGCAGUCCAGCAGGUCUGGAGAGUGGGAGGUGGUGGAGAUCAUGACAGAGGAGCCCGACGCCAACCAGAAUCUGUGCGAGGCCCUUCAGAGGAACAACCUAUAGGAUCUGCAAGUAGACUGUGUGCUAGGACGGCUGUUGAACCAUGAAAAGCUCUCAAUGUUUGCAGUCUUUCGAGAAUUUUUUAUGUAAUUGACUAGUUUCACUAUCUGGAUUCACCAGCUAAAUUCACCUGAGGGGUGCAAGAGGGUCACUGGAAUUCAGUCUUUGCAUGUUUGCAUCCCCAAGCACCAAUUCAAGGCCUCCCUGAAGAGUCUCAAUUCACCUAAAUAAUCCAUGUUAACCUGGGCAUCCGCCUUUCACUGCAGUCCAAUAUUUUUCAGUUGCUAUUGUACUGCAGCAGCAAGAUUCUGGGCCUCCAAUAAACAAGUCAGCACCCUAACUGACAAACUCAGACUGACUAAUUGUGCCCUGGGAGCUGCAUGUCCUGCAUUUACAGCUUCUGUUUUCAUUAGCAGUGAGUUAACGCUUAAAACAGUCGUAUAAGGGUGAUUUUUGUAGAAGAUUUGCACCAAGCCUUUUGUUUUUCAUCAGAACCUUACAUGUAAGGGUGUUCAUGGUUUGGGUGUUCUCAGGUUAACAAAACUGUACACAGCCUUUAAAAUGGUAAUAAUGGCACAUGAUCUAGGUCAUAUAAUGCUGUUGUACUUCAUGAAUUUAAGUUGAUGUAUUUUCCCAUAUUUCUGUUGGUUUUCAAAUCUGACUAAAAGCUUUGUUAGCCUGAAUGAUCUUUGCAGUCCAGCACGGUAUGUUUACUUUACAAACAUGUAUCGUCUUGUCCUUUUUGGUGUUCAGGUCACUUGUCAAGCAGCUAAUAUGCACCCAAGCUUGCAGGAUUUGGAUGAUGCAUUGAGGGCCUACCUACUUAUUGUUUUAUUUGUAUUUCUUGACUUUUGUCAUGCUUUUAUAUAUGCAUUGUAAAUUACUGGCUACAGUGGAGAUUUUUGGGACUCAUGUGGCCUUUAAAACCUUACACCAAUUAAAUGAGCGAAGGCUUCUUUGGGCUAUUGUGGGGGUAAUCCUUUAUAAAACUGAGCACGAGCAAGACUUGACUUCAGCUGUACUACUGAUGGUAAAUAAUUAAAAAGAAAACAAACAAAUGAGUUACCUGAAGGCAUGUUGUUAUUUUACAGUUGGCCUGCCCUUCACUUAUUGAAUGCUGUGGUGUAAUGGUGCAUAAAGGGCCUUAUUUACAAACCUGAAUGGACAGGUACUGGAAGUGCUGGUGGCAGCUCCUAAGACUGCAGUGCCUGGAACUGCAGUGCUUCAUUAAUGGAGUGUUCAAGCCUGCUUUCCCUAGUGGAGUGUACCAUGCAACAUGCUCUCAGCUCAGUCUUGUUUACUCUUAGUUUUACAAUGGUACCAAUUAGGUAACGCGGACCCCCUCUCGCUCCAAAUAUUUUGCUCCAUUCUGGGAUCUGAAUCCCACAUGGCUGAGUUGUCUGCUGUAGCCAUGCAGCACACUGCCUUCUUCUGCUGCCUCUUGUGCUUUGACUUUCCAAGCUGUUGAUUUGUGAUAUAUAUAUAUAUAUAUAUAUAUA